AUGCAAGCAACGGCCGCCUUCAACCCCACCUGUCAGCCAAGUCAGAUAACUGCUCCGUCUUCUACUUCGUCCACGUCCUCCAAUUCCUCAUCCUCGUUGUCGUCCUCGUCCUGUCUAAAGAAGUCCGCUGAUGCUGACCUACUGCAAGCAGUAGCAGGGGAAGCAGAUAAGCUGAGUAGGCACAAAGAAGAGGAACUUGUUUGCGAGACUGCCCAGCAGUCGGGUUUUGAUUCCUCCGCACAGGAGUCCAGUAAGUUGGAGGCUGGUGGUCACGCCUCCCUUGAUGUCGAUAGUAAUGUUCGAAGUGCUGGCACAAAUGGACUGCCGGUCAGAGGGGGCGUCAAUUCUGACUUCCGGAGCUCGUCCAAGAGAGAGAAAGACCAGGAUGGAAGUGGAGGUAAACGGAGCGCCCGUUGGGGUAGUAUUUAG